GGUAGGGAGGAUCACUCCGCCUCGAGAAGAGAAGAACUCUCUCAUAUUCGCCGGACAACUGGUAAUGAUCCCUACCUCGGUGUUUGGGGUAUUUGCGACGAAUCGUAUCAACCCAGUCAUAUCAAACGGGCGGGUACAAGAAGACGGCUUAUUCAAGAAGGUUCACUCUCCUAUCGGGGGUACAGGACCACGACUACACCUCCGCUGAGCCGUGUGCUUUGCUGCUCACUGGGAGGGAGCAGGUCCAUCAUGAUCCUGCACCGCGAGAUCACCGGCAGCAAAACGGCAAACAGCCACGUGGGUACGACGCCCAAUGUGGCAGGUCCGGGAAAAUUGCCACUUGGCACUUACCAUGACCCGCCGCCGCGUCGCCUCGCUCCCUGGCGACGAGGCGAACUCGCUGCAAGAUUGGAAGCAUGUCAGGUUCGACCUGGCAUGUGUUUUUUGGUGCCCAUGAGGUGGCAGGAGUGCGAAAUCGAUGUGGGUGUCGAUUGGGAAUUUUGGAUCUUAACAAGCUCAUUUACAGCACGGAAGGAACUUUCUACGGACGUUGUCGACCCUCCCCCAUGCCCACCAGGCUCGCCGUUCCCCCGCGAAUUCAGGACAACUCCCAUGGCACUGCACCCCACUUCAAAAUCAGCGACGACUUUUCUCCUCAACUCCCAGUAUCACGCCUGCGGUAUACACUGCAGCAGGACCACUGGAAGACAAGGCGAGGACCGGUUUUAGAGCCCCCGUCUAUGUCCUUUGCUCGCUGCCGCCGCUGAUUCCCUCAAUUUCCCCAGUUCCACCCACCACGACUUCUGCAGCGCGUC